GCUGAAAGUUUGGAAGAUAAAAAUGUGGCUAAAGUUCAUCGUUGUCAGCUGGAGAAGUUAAAAUCACAGUGUGACAGGUUGACAGAGGAAUUAACCCAGAAUGAAAAUGAGAACAAAAAACUGAAGCUAAAAUAUCAGUCUUUAAAGGACCAACUAGAAGAAAAGGAAAAACAUAUAAGCAAUGAAGAAGAGCACUUAAGGAGGAUGGAAGAGGCCAGAUUGCAACUCAAGGAUCAACUUCUUUGCUUGGAGACUGAACAAGAAUCCAUUCUUGGUGUGAUAGGAAGGGAAAUUGAUGCAGCUUGUAAGACUUUCUCCAGGGACUCGAUGGAGAAAUUGAAAGUUUUUUCAUCUAGUCCUGAUAUACAUUAUGACCCACAUCGCUGGUUAGCAGAAAGCAAGACUAAACUUCAGUGGCUUUGUGAAGAACUGAAAGAGAGAGAAAACAGAGAGAAAAAUCUGCGACACCAGCUCAUGCUCUCCAGACAGCAACUCAGGGACCUGACCCAAAACAAGGAAUCUGAGCUCCAGUGUCUCUUUCAGCAGAUAGAAAGGCAAGAGCUGCUUCUUGACGAAAUACAUCGGGAGAAGAGAGCGGCAAGAUGGCGACGGGGCAACCCGGUCUCUGAAGCCCUCUGCAAAGGAGAUCUGCAGUGGGUCUCUGACUCUCGCCCCGGGGGGCUGUGGACCCCAACAUCGCAGCCUGCUCUUCAUACAGAGCUCAGCCGUUGCCACCGCUGGGACAUCGCAACGGACUGGACAGUCACUGCGGCGCAAACGGUGCUGCCACCGCCGCCGCAGGCCCCCUUCACUACCGCUGCUGCCGCAGCCUCUGUGACAGCCAUAGCACAUCACACCACCCGGGCCGAGGUGAUCCACAUCAAACCCCUUCAGGGAAGAUCUGCUGGGAUCACUGCCACCUCUCCUGGGACCUAG